CCCGGAAACCAAAAAUCAAUCAUCAGAGCAGAGCAGUUAAGUGAAGAAAGAAAAGAAACAAAAAAAAUGGCAGACGAAGGCACAGCAACCUGCAUCGACAUCCUCCUGGCCAUCAUCCUGCCUCCUCUCGGAGUCUUCCUCAAGUUUGGCUGCAAGGUGGAGUUCUGGAUCUGCUUGGUUCUCACCAUUUUCGGCUACCUCCCCGGAAUCAUCUAUGCCGUCUACGCCAUCACCAAGUGAUCACUGAUCACUUAUCACCGAUCACCACCCCGCUUUGUGGGCGCUUGAACAGCGGUUCGGGGGGUUUAUGUCUUUUCCAUUAGCCGUUCCAUGAACGGUCACAGUAAUUUUGUUUUUUUUAAUUGGGGUCAUAUUUUCAUGUUUAUCCGUGUAGUUCUCCUCCGGAUCUCCUGUUCACCCUUGAUGCUCUUGUUCGAUAUGUGAUGUGAAUCUGAUGGAGUGUGAAUCUUAUUAGUGGGUAGAUUUCAUAUUUGAAUAGACAGCCAACUUGCUUGGUGUCCGACAUCAUGUGAUGAUUGAUAUCUUAGAGAUUGUUAUUCGUUUCAUGUGAAUUGAAGAAUGAUAAAAUUCCAUCUCA